AUGGAUAUCGUUCGUGUGUUUCUGCUCAUGUCGUUUUACAUGUUUGGUGCCUGUCGCCGUAAUGCGGCGUUCAUGUACUUGGGCGUGGCGGCUCGGUCCGCAGUUGCAUUGGGCCUGCAUGCAGAAUCUUCCGGUUCAAUAAGCCGAAGUGAGCAACAGGAGCGAUUACAAUUGUGGAUGAGCCUCUGUGUCAUCGAUCUACUAGCAAGCUCGAUUCUUGGACGUCCGGCCGCCACAUCGUCUUUACUCCGGGAAAAUAAACGGGAAGUCCAUCGAAUGACAGUUACACCGGCCGAAGCCGGCUUAUUUGCCUCGUAUCAAUUAUCUCUAGUGUUGGAAGAGAUUAUCAGUUGCCUUUACAGCGAGAAAGCGGCAUCUAUAGAAAAAGCAGAUUCACUGCUAGCCAAGCUAAACCGCUGGAGUGACCAUCUACCAGAAUCGAUCCGUACUUCAUCUGAAAAUGAAGAGCCCAGCAUGGCACAAGAGCGCAUUAUCGGUAACAUGCACGUGGCAUGCUCUUAUCACUUUGCUGUCAUCCUUGUCACCCGCCCAUUUCUAAUCUCCACGCUAAGUGUCCGGCUGGCCCGGUUGCACCAGACCCUCUCGGGUGUGGCUAUUGACGCGCCAGAGGAAGAUCCGGCUCAUUCACGGCUUGCAGCUGCUUGUACCGACUCGGCUGUGUACAUGCUUCAAACCUGCAUGGAAGUUCAUCAGUCGGAGCUACUCUUGCGGAAUAUGGGAAUCUUAAAGGCAUUUGUCUUCGCCGCAGCUCUAGUACUAGGAUUCUCGAUGUUCUCUCAUCACGACGUUGAUCCUGAAAUUGACGGCGCAUUUACCGGCGCUCUGGCCAUCCUGCGUAUGCUCGCUCACCAAUCGGCGCAGGCCGCCCUCUACCUUGACAUCUUGACUUCACUCGAGGCGGCCGUCACACAGCAACGACGGCGAAUGGCCGCCCAAGCGCGACAGCGUCGCAGCCAGUAUGUAAGUCGCAUUUUUAGUUUAACCGACAGCCCGAGACCCGCGCGAAUGCAGAGUGAAGAAGAGGGCCGAACUGCAGCGACUUCACUGAUACCGGGAGGGCCGUUCUACCCGUGGGCCCCGCAGGAUGACGGUCCGAGGACAGUGACCCCGCCGGUGAUAGACGGAGCUUUUUUGGACUGGGAGGGCAUGGAAUUACCACUGUGGGACAGUUUCCCUUUUACCGAACCGGGAUCGUCCGUGCUAUGA